UAUGCCUAAACAUAAUCCUAUAUACACACCAAGGGUAUAGAUAAAUAUUAACAUUAGUUUGAUGAAGUAUUGACUGAAUUGGUUGGUACACUUGGAGAAGCAAAAUGGGCUGAGAUAACUAGAUAAAUGAAAACAAUUUAUGGUUUAUCUAUUCCUCAUAAACCUAUGGUAUAAGCAAGAUGGAGAGCAAUAGAUCCAAAAAUUAAUAGAUAAAUAUUUUCAGCAGAAGAAACAGUUACUCAUUGGCAUAUUUGUGUAAAAUAUAAAUGUCAUUGGGAUGCAGUUAAGGCUGAAUAUGAAGCAAUAGGUUAAAUNUUUAACAGGACAACCAUCUUCAUUAGUUGAAGUUAAUGUAUAAAAUGUAUCAGACAAAUUGAAAUAAUACAGUCAAUUAUUUAAUCAAGAUGCAAUGACAAAAUUUGCAUAAUUAGCAGCUGAAUAAGCAUCAGGAAAUGCAGAAUUACAUGCACUUGGUUAAGAUGAAGGAUCAUCAACUGAUAGAUAACCAGGACAUAAUAUUGGUUAAUUGGUUUAUAAUGCUCUUUCAGAUCUUGAGGAUUAAUUGAAAGGAUCAUUAGCCAAUUUAGAGGCCAAUGAAAUUGCUGCUUAUUAUCAAUUAGCUGAUUGGUUAGCAGAUACAGAAUCUGAAGUUGUUCAUCUAAAUGAUGAAAUUUAGAGAAAGACUUAAUUAUAAGAUAAAUUGGUUGUGGUAUGUUAGAUUUUUAAUAAUUGUAAAGUAAGAAUAAGCUGCCCUUGCUGUAUAAGCCAAAGCUAACAGUGUAUUGAAGGAUUCUCAAAAUGCUAUUAAUGCAGCUACAGCAUCGUUGUAAGAAUUGAGAGAAUUAUAUGAGACUGAAUUGAAUAGAAGAAAUGGUAAGUAUAUCAAGAUUAUUUUAUAGAGGAGAAUGCUAUAAUAGAUGAAGUUAUUCAUAUUUUCAAAUAAUAAGUAUUGGAAAUGGCUAAUUAAACUUCUUUUGGAAAGAAAUGA